GUGUGUGUGUGUGUGUGUGUGUGUGUGUGUGUGUGUGUGUGUGUGACAGUCCUCAUCAGGUUGCUCCUCCCUCCUGUACAGAUCAGAUAUAAAACCAUCCCCUCUCCUCUCAGCUCCAGUUCAAAGCUCACCAGUAGAAGCUUGUGGGAAUGCAGUUUCUAUUUUUCCUCCCACACACUUAUUGACGUGUUGAGGUCUUCAGAUGCCUGCUGCACGGCUGUGUAAAGCUGCAGGUGUGACAGCAUGUCUUGGUUCAGRGUGAACACCAGUAACAGCAGUGUCGUGGAGGGGUCCCUGCCGGAAGAGGAGCCCCGGGAUGAGCGCCUGGCUCGGGUGGAAAUAACUCUCCUGUCCAUCAUCUUCAUCUCGGCGGCGCUCCUGAACUUUGGGCUCCUGUCGGUGCUGUGGAGACGGAGGAAGCAGCUCUCCAGGAUGCGCGUCUUCGUCUUCCACCUGUGCGUCGCGGACCUGGUGGUGACGUUCUUCCAAGUUUGCCCGCAGCUCGUGUGGGACAUCACCGACAGGUUCAUCGGUCCGGACGUGCUGUGCCGUGCGGUGAAGUACCUCCAGGUGGUCGGGAUGUUCUCCUCCACCUACAUGAUCGUAGUGAUGACCAUCGACCGGUACCAGGCCGUCUGUAACCCCAUGGUGACGUUCCAGCGGAGGAGAGCGCGCUGGAACGGCUCGGUGUGCACCGCCUGGUGCGUCUCCCUCAUCGGCAGCCUCCCGCAGGUCUUCAUCUUCUCUCAGGUGGAGGUGGCUCCCGGCGUGUACGACUGCUGGGCUCGGUUCAUCAAGCCGUGGGGACCGAGAGCCUACGUCACCUGGACCACUCUGGUGAUCUUCGUCGUGCCGGUUCUGACGGUGAUCGUGUGCCAGGUGCGCAUCUGUCGCGCGGUGCACACCGGCUUCCACAUGAAGACGCAGCCCGCCGGAGAGGCCGCCUGUAAGCCGCUGUCCUCCCGGGCCAGCAGCGUGGCUGGGCUGUCCAAGGCCAGGGUGAAGACGGUGAAGAUGACCGUGGUCAUCGUGCUGGCCUACAUCAUCUGCUGGGCGCCUUUCUUCACCGUGCAGCUGUGGUCUGUGUGGGACGACGACGCACCAACCGAGUCUGCCACCUUCACCAUCUUGAUGCUGCUCGCCAGUCUGAACAGCUGUAUGAACCCCUGCAUCUACCUUGUUUUCAGUGGGAAGUUGCCCAGGAGACUGCUGGCUGUGAUGUGUGCAGGUGAGCCUGACCUGAAGGAGUCCAUGAAGGAGGAGGCCACCACGGUCAGCUCCCUGUACAUCAGCCUCAAAGGCCUGUCGGACUGCAYGUAGAAGUCCUAAAAUCAAGCCUCCGUUGAACACUGGAAACUUCAGCCUCGGGGAAAUCCAGAUAAAACUGUUUCUUUUAAUAAAAUAAAAGGGUAAGAUUCUGUGGGUURAAUGUGAAAAAGUUAGUCAAGUUUCAUUUGAUCAGUAAA